AUGACGAGUCAACUCUUUGUCGGUGAAGAUCAUACAGCAAAGUAUCGUCUCUAUAGACCUGGUUAUCCAAAGGAAGUAUUCGAACAUAUUCGAAAUUAUUAUUUUGAUGGAAAAAGUACCGAUGAGAAAAUUCCACUUGCGGUCGACGUAGCAUGUGGAAGUGGUCAAGCAACAGUCGAUCUCAGUUCAUUCUGUGAACGUGUGAUUGGUACUGACGUUAGCGCUGAUCAAAUUGCUCAUGCAAUACCAAAAGACAAUGUUGAAUAUCGAUGCAGUCCAGGUGAAGAUUUAUCUUUUCUCGAAUCGAAUUCGGUUGAUCUAAUCACGAUUGCAACAGCAUUACAUUGGCUUGAUGUUGAAAAGUUUCUCAAGGAAGUUCAACGUGUACUCAAACCGCAUGUCGGCGUCAUAGCUAUAUGGACUUACUCAUUUGGUUCGUUGGAGCAUCCCGAUGCUGAUGCUGUUUAUCAAGAGUUUCAUCAGGUUACCUUGAAACCAUAUGCGAACGAAAAACAACCUCUAGUUACUAAUUAUUAUCAAUCACUUAUCCCACUUUUUCCAUAUAAAUCAACACUUCAAGAGUAUACAAUCGAAUCGCGUUCGGAAUCAACACUUGAACCAUUUCUGAGUGCACUCGAAACCGUAUCACCUGCGCAAACAUACCGAAAGCAAAUGGGUGAACAAAAAUAUCAAGAAUUGUUCAAUACGUUGCGUGAGAAAUUCAUUCAAGCUUAUCGGAAAUCAGAAGUUCAAAACGACAAAGAUCAAGUCGGUGAUGCUAAUCAAAUCAAAAUAACUGGUGUACGACCUAUUCGUCUCUAUUUAAUGAAAAAAAACUGA